GCCACCUGCUUGGACAAAAUGGUGUCACUAAUGUGCACCCUUCAGCAUCAUGGAGAUUAUAUUUUGCUGGAUACUUGUUCGGGGGACAAAACCAUACGUGUGUAUGACUCCGCUGACUUUUUUGAACUUUCAUUUCCGCCCCUCUCGGGUCAUGGCUAUAUGCGGUUCGCUGCUGCGUCAGUCAGCCAUCCCAACCUGCAGAGACUCAUUUCAGGGAGGUGCCCCCCUCCCCCCUCCCAUACAUAUCCCCCCGCGGGAGCCUCACGGAACUUCCGGGAGACUUUGGACGUCUGCGUCAGUACCUGUGGCCGGUACAUUGUCACGUGCUCCGAUGACUCUACCAUUAUUUGGAGCAUGGAAACAGGAAAGAUGGCUUCGACGUUUGAACACCCGGACCGUUCACCUGUCCGGGUGUCUCGAAACUCUCCUAUCAACUUUAGGGGGGACAAUUAUAUGACAUUUUCUCAAGCGCAGAUCCUGAGGGGGACACCAAAAUUACUGCUGACGUCCAGGCUGCGUCUGGGCUCCGGGGAGCAGGACGUCCAGGCUGCGUCUGGGCUCCGUGAGCAGGACGUCCAGGCUGCGUCUGGGCUCCUGGGAGCAGGACGUCCAGGCUGCGUCUGGGCUCCGGUGAGCAGGACGUCCAGGCUGCGUCUGGGCUCCGGACGUUCAGGCUGCGUCUGGGCUCCUGUGAGAAGGACGUCCAGGCUGCGUCUGGGCUCCUGUGAGCAGGACGUCCAGGUGAAGCUCUGGAUCUUCUCUCAGCACUCUGGAGAAGACUGGAUGACUCUGCUGCUGUACACUCUGACAGGCCAGUCUGCUCCUGUUCGCUCCUGUGCCUUCUCCUCUGACGGCGACAUGCUUGUCUCUGGGAAGGUGUCCGCCCCCCCCAGGCUGUUGGUGUCUGAUUGGUCAGAGGAGGAUGUGUCGUCCUGGCUGGAGGGGGAGGGGCUAGCAGAGCUGGUCGAAGUUUUCAACAACAACAUAGACGGAGCAGAACCCUUCAGUCUGAACAAGGAAACUCUGAGCGAGCUGGGUUGGUGGGUCUGCACGGCCGGACCAGGAAGGUGGAUCCUGAGGAAGGUGGAGGAGCUGAAGAGGGGUGGCUCCGGGGCCCCUGACGAGUUCCAGUGUCCCAUUAGCAGGGAGCUGAUGAGGGAGCCGGUUAUCCAGGACACAGCCUCACCUGCAGGCCGGGACACAGCCUCACCUGCCAUCUCCCUCACACACUCCAGACUGUGGACAUGGAUGUCACGCGUUAAACUGACAGCACUAGUAUCUGUGUGUCAGUUCCUGAAAGAUGGUUACUCUUAUGAGCGGGAGGUGAUAGAGAGCUGGAUUGGUGCCAAGAAGCGCUCAAGCCACCUGCCCCUUCCCACCACCGUGCUCACCCCCAACAGAGGGCUGAAGACGGCCAUCGCAGGCUGGAAGUACUCCUGGAAGAUGCCGCUGGAAGUCCUCCUGGCAGAUGCCGCUGAAGUCCUCCCUGUAGAUGCUGCUGGAAGCAGAGCCUCAGUUCAUUACUGCCCCAGUAGUCAUUAGGCCCUUGACCAAUAUUGAUGAAAUAAGCGCACUAACAUAAAUUUGGAACAUUAAAUUACAUGCUUGUGUGCUUUGUAAAUAGCCAUACAGAAUAUGCGUGGCAAUGUUCUGUCAUCUGCAUCUCUGUCCUAACCCCCAACGAAACCUCCCAGGAAGUAAUAUACAUUAUUUCAUGUUGUUUUGGGUAUCUAUAAUAAAAAGAUAUACGUGAGAACAAGAGUUCCUUGCUGAUAGCAGCAUACUAAUGAUUCCCUUUAUUCUUGGCACGAACUGCACUGCGGUGAUAUUUUACAAACUGUCAAAGUUAGUGGAUCAAGUAUCAUCUUAUGCUAAGAGGGAAACAAAUUAAGAUCAUUGGACUGUGGCCUAUUUAUGUGCAGAUUUCAUAUCCUGCUCAUGUUAAUGUUAAUUUCUCUUUAGCUUCUUCUCGUGCAUUGAAACAAUGUUUUCUAACAACCUGCUUCAGUAGAGCUCAGACAGGCAGCUGAUGUUUCAGAUACGACAAGUAGGCAGGAGUCCUGAUCUCUUUCUGCGUCUUUAUUGACCCCUGCGGUGGCUAUGGCAGGCAUAUCCCUGGAUGGGAACACAGGUAAUACAGCUCACAGAACUGAAGACAUGGCAACAAUUGCAAGAAACAUACAUCAUAACAUAAUAAAAUAGAAUUGUUGGCCCAUGCCCCCAAAACCUUUCAGUUUUAUAUAAUUUCUCUUUAUAAUAAACUGCAGUUGUGGCAUGCACUUAAAUCAAUAUUAUCGACAGCAUAUUUAUUAUUGAAAUCGUAAAAUGUCUUAGUAGCUGUGCAAAAAUAACUAUAUAAAAUAUAUUGCUUUUACAAUUAACCAAGCCAAAGGCGCUGUAAAUAAAUUAAACUAGUCAGCAACAACAAGCAGAUACAGAGAUCUAGUCUCAACGUUAUUGGCCGAUUUAUAGAAUGUACAAACAUAUAAACAAAUACAUUUUUUAGAACCUUGAACACCAUCAGAACCAAAUUGUGCAUAAAAUAAAACUUAAAAGUACACAAGUUAAGAACGGGUCAAUACAAUGACAGACCUGACAGACCUUCACUCAAUAAGGAAAAACAACAUAUGGAUAUUUACACAAAACUGAGCGACACUUCCUAGAACAACGAUCCUUCCAGACACCUCCUCUCUACCAUCAGUACCAAAGACAGAACCAACAUAGUCCACACUCUGUGGUCCCACACUUGACCCAGUAAUGACAUAAACCUGUAAAAGAGAGUAGGUCUGUGUAAGCACUUGAAAGGCCUGUGUAAAUGUGUGGUAUAAAGUGCUUUCUGUCCCACGACAUGUUGCGGUUUAAACAUCCAAUAAGCAUCCCCGGGGUAACGACUCAGGCUGAACGGUCCUGGGACAGCAGCUGUAUACCGAGAAAAGGCGACACGUGGACCAAUCAGCACACGCGACACUAGAGACACCAGAACCAUCAACACGCUGUGCGUUGACCGCAGUCACAAAGGAAACAUUUUCUUUUUGGAUGGGCUGGUAAAAACAGUUUCCUUUUGCUUUGAACAUUUCUGCCAUC